GCCGCCGCUGUGCCCGGCUGUCCGCCUGGGACUCCGUGUUUGCCCGUUUGCCACCCCUUGAAUUCGAACCCCGCUGGACGCUGCUUCCCGAUUUCAAAUAGCUCGGUCGCUGUGCCUGCCACGCCUCUGCCAGACUGCUACGCCGGCGCUCAUCGCCUCACGCAGGAAGCUCGCGGUGGCAGCAGUGAUGGAAUCCCACAACGGCGGCGGCGGGAAGGCGCGGGACAUGUUCUCGGUGUACCAGAACCCGUCCCUCACCCGGGCCCUAGACUCCCGCAGCGCCCGCCCCUCCGUCACAGUCCUCGUCGUCCUCGCGAUCUUACCCAUCGCUUCCGCCUCCUCCCUCCUUGCCCUCUCCUCCCGGGAGCAGCAGCUCAGCAAGCUCGCCGGCCGAGCGGGUAUCUCUGUCCUUGCUGCUGUUUUUGUCUUUAGGUUGGUGGAGGCAGCACUUGGUCUUGUUGCACUUUUCACACUGCUGGGGUUCUUCAGGGCACUGAUGUUAUACAAUGGAAAGAAGGCACUGGCCAAGGAUGACAAGGUUGUGUUGUCUGAACGCCAGCUGGGGCUUCUUGGGUUAAAGAUGGCGGGUUCAGAAGGAGGUGGGAAAGGUGAGCAGACCAAAAGGCCUCCCAAGAACAAGCCAUCAACACCAUCGGAGCCAAUUGUGCCUAUCAGGAGGUCUUCGUUCAGCUAUACACCAUCUCGGCCUUCGGGGCAAUCUAGGAUUGGUUCCAGCCAUUUGAGCCCUGGUGGUGAGAGACUGACCACGGCAUUGCCAAUGUCACCCUCCACACCGUUGCAGAAGCAUGUCUCUUCUCCUUCAACUCCAUGGUCGAGGAAAAGCUCAGGCAGUGCCAAGGGCAUACAGACAGAGGCAAUGCUGGACCAGUUCUUGGCUGGGUUGGAUGUAAAUAUUGAGAAAAUCACGGAUCCAGAGACUAAGACCACAACACCUCCAGCAACCAGUACAAGCUUUGGUGUUGCUACCCCUGUUUCAAUUACCACAUCAGCCACCCCUUCUGGUGCUGCAAGGAGCACACCUCUGAGACCUGUGAGGAUGUCUCCUGGCUCCCAUCAGAAAUACAGCACGCCACCAAAAAAGGGUGAGGGUGAACUUCCAUCUCCAAUGACCUUAGAGCAAGCAGUGGAGGCCUUUGACAACUUGGGUGUAUAUCCUGAGAUUGAGCAGUGGCGAGAUAGUCUCAGGCAAUGGUUUUCUUCAGUUGUGAUGAGCCCACUUGUCCAAAAAAUCAAAACAAGCCAUACUCAGGUUAAGCAAACGACAGCUACUGUUGGGGCUUCAGUUACUGUUAGCCAAGUUGGAAGCGAUCUGCCAAGCACGACACCACCAGUUUCCUUGUCUCCUCUUGGUGGGACUAAAGAUUGGCAACCGACUGUCACGGUAGAUGAGGAUGGGAUCCUUAACCAAUUACGCUCUGCACUCCUACAUUCUCGAGAUGCCCCUGUUGCGCAAACUUUUGGCAGUCCACAACAGCCACAACGGAACCCCCUCCUUCCUGCUAUUCAAGCAUGUAUUGAUGCAAUUACAGAGCAUCAGAGGCUCAACUCUCUGAUGAAGGGAGAGCUGAUAAAAGGCUUAUUGCCACAGAGUAGUGUCCGUGCUGAUUACACUGUCCAGAGAGUUCAAGAACUUGCUGAAGGAACAUGCUUGAAGAAUUAUGAUUACAUGGGUCAUGGAAAUGGCUAUGGUAAAUCAGAAAAGAAAUGGACCACCGAGUUACCUACUGACUCACACCUUCUUCUGUAUCUGUUUGCUGCUUUCCUUGAACAUCCAAAAUGGAUGCUUCAUGUUGACCCUACCUCGUACUCUGGUGCCCAGUCCAGCAAAAAUCCCUUAUUUCUGGGAGUUCUUCCACCAAAAGAGAGGUUUCCAGAAAAGUAUGUUGCUCUGAUAUCAGGUGUUCCGGCAAUUAUCCACCCAGGGGCCCUUAUACUGGCUGUGAGCAAGCAGAAUCCUCCAAUUUUUGCUCUAUACUGGGACAAGAAGCAGCAAUUUUCUCUUCAGGGAAGAACAGCUCUGUGGGAUGCCAUUCUACUUUUAUGCCAUCAAAUAAAUGUUGGGUAUGGUGGUGUGGUUAGAGGAAUCCAUAUUGGCUCGUCCGCCUUGAACCUCCAGUCAGUUAUAGAUUCAGAUUCGGAAAGCUGAAAGUUGGUUUGCUAGUCUUGAGGGGAUAAACUGUGACCCGCUAGUUUACUGGUGUUAAUGUUGUAAUUAACACUAGCAUGUUUGGGAUUGACAUAGCUUUAUUUAGCUGUAAUAUGGCCUGAUGGUGGGGGGCAUCUUAAUGUUAUGCCCAAGUUGUACCUUAGAUUUGUAACAAUAUGAGAUUUGCUUAACCCCAUUAUCUGCUUUAGAUCCUUUAUUAAUGUACCGAUACAUUUUUGUAAUUUUCCAGUAAUUCACUUACUGCAAUAUCAUUUUGAUUUGUUCAUCAA